ACUGAGUUGUUUUGCAAAGCAAAAGCAAAAGACAAAUCCACAAGUUAUAUAUAGAUAUAUCACUCCGAUUUUUGGUUCAUAAUCCUCUGUUCUGAGAACCAAUAGAAAAGAAAGAAAUAUAUAGAGAAGAAUGGGUGCCGUCGUCUUAAACCAAAAUCUACACUUAAAUCCCAGCAAAGGGCCUCAAAAAUUAAUCGGCAACAACAACGAUGUGAUUGAAGAAAUUGGAGGGCUAAUUAGAGUCUACAAAGAUGGAAAAGUCGAAAGACCACAGAUCGUGCCAUGUGUCGCGGCUUCAUUAGCUGAUCCAAAUCAUGAUGAUCAACUAGGGGUGGUGACUUCUAUGGACGUGGUCAUCGACAAGUCCACCAAUGUCUGGGCUCGUUUUUAUGUUCCAAAAAUGAGCACUGCAAUUAUUACAACUACUGCUGCAACCCAACUCUUAGCCCAGAAACUCAAAAUCCCAUUACUCGUUUACUUUCACGGGGGUGGAUUUUGCGUUGGCUCGGCUGCUUGGAGUUGCUACCAUGAAUUCUUGUCCAAUUUAUCAACCAAACUGAGCUGCAUAAUCAUGUCCGUAAACUAUCGUUUGGCCCCAGAAAACCCUCUUCCAGCUGCUUACGAAGAUGGGUUCAAAGCUCUUUCGUGGCUAAAACGACAAGCCGUAGAAAGAAACGAAAACGAGUGGUGGUGGUCCGAACAAUGUGACUUCUCAAAAAUCUUCCUCGUUGGCGACAGUGCUGGCGCCAACAUAGCCUACAAUUUAUCCAUGAGGCUAAACUCCGACGACGCCAAGAGACUCAAACCUUUGACCUUUAAAGGUACUGUGUUAGUCCAGCCAUUCUUCGGAGGCGAGUCGAGGACAGAGUCAGAGAAGUUCUCGCCGAGGCGGUCGGCGCUGAGCUUGGCGGCAUCGGAUACCUAUUGGAGAUUGGCUCUGCCUGCUGGGGCAACCAGGGAUCACCCUUGGUGCAACCCCAUGGCCAAAGGGUCGGUCGAGGAAGUAUCUAAUGAUAAUGAUAAGAUUUUGCUGCCUAUGAUGGUGUGCAUUUCAGAGAUGGACAUAUUGAAAGAUAGGAACUUGGAGUUUUGUGGGGCUUUGGGGAAGAAGAUGAUGAAGGUGGAAUAUGUGGUGUACGGAGGAGUAGGUCAUGCGUUUCAGAUUCUCAACAAGUCUCAGCUCUCACAGACUCGAACUCAAGAAAUGAUGGCUCAUAUUAAAGCUUUCAUUAUUCGAUAUUAGUUAAUUAUUGUAUAUUUAUUACAACUGUAAUUUUCUCUUAUGUAAAGAUCUAGUGUUUAUAUACGUACGCCUUAUUAUUACUUUUCCAGUAUAUGUAUGUACACUUCUGUAUAUAAAAGAAGCCAAUAAUUUGUAUUUAUAUAUGCUGCUUGAAAUUUAACAUUAUUGUGUGUAAA